AGGGGAAAACAGAAUGCUUGAAAUAGUUUCACUGGUUUAACUGGACAUGUUCUUGUUAACGGAAUAAUGUCAAAAUUUCAAAGUGCUGAAAAGUAAUCUUCAAGGUUGAUUAUUAUCUAUUCGGUAAUAUCUCCUUGUUAGCUCGACUUUUCGAAGAAAAAGUAGAGCUGUUGCACUCGCCCCGAUGAAGGCGUCGCCGUUGGUGAAAGUGUUUGAUAAAGUAAAAUAUCUAUGUUAUUAUUAAAGCUACUGACCUUGAACUUAAAAUAGUUACUUAAGAUCAAAGUCUAGUCUAGUCAGUUAAAAUAAAAAGGGAGUGAGAAUUAUGUAACGAAUUUGAGCUUAAUAAAGGACAAAGCAAGGUGUGAAACCCUUAACGACACUUUAUAAGAUAUACCACAACCAUCUUCUCACCUCAGUGUCCGGUAGUGGUCUUGGAACAUUCAUUGGGAACAUACGAGUAUCUACCCCCACGUGCACUGAUAAUACAUCACUCUUGGCAAACUGUACAGCCGAACUCCAAGCCAUAUUAGACCUGGUGAAAUUUAAUACAAAUCAUGAACUAGUCAAGAUCAACCCAGACAAGUCCGAAAUACUCACAGUUAAAUGCAAGAAACUGUAACACUGGAGGGCAGGAAAUUUCUUGCAUAUCUCACCUUAAGCAUUUAGAAAUUGAUCGUAACAACAGAAACACCGUAGAUCCAAAAGCCAGAUUGAAAACUGCUCAGAAAAACAAUAUACGCCUUACUUGGUUCUGGUCUUCACGCCAGACGAGGGAUGUCACCAAUAGUAUCAUACCAGAUGUGGAAUAACUUCAUGGUACCCAGAUUUAUACGGUAUAGAAGUCCAGAUUCUAACUAAAACAAACCUACAAAAAGCUAGGAAAAUCAUAAAACAGUUACAUUUGUAUAAUGACUCCCUGAAAGAGCCUCGACGGCAGCAAUAUACAUGUUACUUGGUGCGGAACCUGUAGAGUUGGUCAUUGACCUUAACUACCUGUCCCUGUUUCUCAGUAUAGCCAGUUAAAUUUAGUAUUAUGAAAAAGACAAUUAGCUAUGUCAAACUCUAAAGCAACAAAUUCACUUCGAUUGUCAGAAAGACUUUAGAUAAAUACAAUCUGUCAUCACCUGAAGAUCUUCUACGGCAAUUACCUUCGAAAUUUAGAUGGAAACUAUUGUUUAAAAAGGUAAUCAACGAGCAUCAGAAGAACAUUUGUGAAGAUGAGUUAACAUCAAAAUCAUCAAUUAAGUAUAUUUAAAUUCAGACAAGUCCUAUCGGCCCUCCACAUAACCUAUGGAAGGCCACACAACCGAAAACUCGUUCAGAAUUGAAAGCCAGGUUACUUACCAGUACAUACAUCUUACAAAGUAAUACCGCCAAAUUUAAUCAGUUCAACGUCUGAGCCACAUGUAAACUCUGUAAGCAGAAAGAUGAGACGCGAGAACACCAUCUUAUGAGAUAUACAACCCUUUCAGACACCAGGAAAGACGACUUGCUCAAACUAAAAGCUAAAAUCAACAAUGAUGAUAAUCUUAUGGUCCAGGUAAUCCUAGAUCGUACACACUUUCCAUCCUGAUAAAUGCUGCUCAAUAUACUCAUAUUGAAAAUGGUCUCAGGCCUAUUUUGAGAAACCUAUGCAGACACGAACCCAGACUACCUGUAGCAAUGUGGGUAUCUUACAAAUGCAAGUCCCUACUUUAUACAGGAAUGUUCGAAAUUAUAAGACAACAUCAACAACAACAAAAUGGCGGGAAGUUAAAAUCAACGCUAAAAACGUUUAAAUACCGUACUUUUUGUUGGCUUCAUUGUUAUUUAAAUAUCCAUCAGCCAUGCAAUCAGGAAGUUGUAUACCGCUGCCUUUUUUCAUAAUUUUUUACAUUUGUCAAUUUCAAUUUCAUAAAAAACUUAUUUUCAUAAUAGCUUUUAUAUGUAUAAGAUCGUAUUUAAGGUUUUGGUGCAUUCAUUGCACUAUUUAAUAAAGUAUUAAUAUGAAACACUGCAUCAUGGUAUAGAAAAUGAAAAAAGAUAAAUAGACUAAACUAACGAACAAUAGACUCGGGUUUGUCGAAUAACUAGGAAGUAAAUAUUAUGUAUUCAUAAAGAGAAAACACGAAUGGAUAUUCAGAAAUAAAAGAAGUUGGAAUUAAAUUAAGAAUAUAUACAGUUUCGUGCGAAUUCUGACAAUGAUUCGAUAUGUAUUGAUGUGCUUGGCUUUGCUUUUGGUCGGAAUAGACCUAUUUCUCACAGGGGAAGUUAUAGACUCACAGUGUCAAGUGAACCGUUCAUGCUGUGUUAAUCAAUUAUGUGGACGUAUAGAGAAACUUCACUACUUCGGUAAUAAUAGUUGUCUAAAGGGAUGUAUAGAUGGCUAUAAAGGUACCCGUUGUUAUGUCAAAUGUGCAGAAUAUUGCAAAGCUUGUUCUUGUCUCAAUUCCAACAACUGCACAAAAUGCCCUGAAGGUUUUUAUAAUGGAAAGUACAAAAAUUGUUCCGAAAACUGUGCUUCUAACUGUAAAGCAUGUGGAAAAGGCCCCGACCUCUGUACAAAAUGUCACGAGGGUUUUUAUAAUGGGAAGUAUAAAAAUUGUUCCGAAGAAUGUCCGGCAGGUUGUAAAGGCUGUAAAUCACAAGAAAGCUGUUCCGACUACAAUGGGAACAAUGGGAAAUUUUGCGAUCGCCAAUGUCCACCAAACUGCAAAAAUGUCAUAUGUGAUAAAUUGUCAGGAAAUUGUUCUUAUGGAUGUAUAACCGACGAGUUCAUAGGAUCCAAGUGCAAUGACUGUGUAACGGGAAAAUAUGGAACAUUUUGCAAUAAGUCGUGCCCAACAAAUUGUAAAGGCGAUAAAUGUAACAAAACGAAUGGGGUUUGUCUGAACGGUUGCAAAGAAAACUUUGCUGGAAAAACGUGUAGCGCAUGCGUUGCUGGUAAAUAUAGCUUGAACUGUGGUGUCAACUGUUCGCGCAACUGCGAGAAUCAGUUAUGUGAAUUCACUUCCGGAAAUUGCUUAAAAUGCAAGGACAAUUAUUUUGGCAAACAUUGCGAUAAAUGUAAAAUCGGCUACUAUGGAUCUGAGUGCAAUGGACAAUGCCCUCCAAACUGUCUUUAUGGCGUUUGCGACAGGGAAACUGGCUCUUGUUUAGCUGGUUGUAAAGACGGUUUCUCCGGCAACAAGUGUUGUUUGAACAAUAGCUACUGUAUCGAAUGUUCUUCUAACAUAAACUGUUCGCGAUGUUUAAGCGGUUUCUACUCGCACAACUGCCUUAGCCGUUGCCCAUGUGACGGAAAUCCAUGUGAGCAAAUUAAUGGAAAAUGUAUAAUUGGAAAAGGAACUGACAGUGAAAAGACUUGUUCACCGUGUGAAAAAGUGGCGGACAGACGCAUGUUAGUUGGAUUCAGUAUCUCGACGUUGCUGUUACUUAUCUGUAUUGCUGUACUUGUCAUCAUUUUGCUUAGAAGGACCAGACCUUGUCAGAGGCAUCGCAAGCAACAGGACCAAGCCGGCGGUCACGUCAAAAACAAAGUUGAAAUGACUGAAAUAUCGGCUACAGAGGCUGAAAAUGUUAAAGGCUGUGGUCGGACUUCAUCCUCAGAGAAACCGUAUGAAGAUCUACAUGAAGAAAGAGAUGCCGGACGGGAGCACCAGUAUCUGGAGAUUGCGAUCCAGAACGAAGAUUCCACAGGCGACACAUAAUACCAGAACACGCCGCAGAAAAGCGAAAUGAAAAUCAAAUUAUGCAAAAAUUAAGCAAUUUGAUAUUCCAUUUCAUUUAAUAUAAAUUGCUUUUGAACAUAUACAUGUACAUACAUAACUAACUUUGUAACUUGCUAAUAAACAUUUUCCAGUAUCAUUUACUUGCUGUAAUUAUAACAUAAAUCAAAUGUAAUAUAAAACAUGGCAU